AUGUCUGACCUCGAAGCUCCUCCGGUGGCUCAAGAGGUCGCUCUGCCCGCAGAUCCGCCCGCUCCGGAGGAAUCCCGGACACCUAACCUGGCCGGAGCGAGAAGCCAGCCGGCGCCCGCGGCAGAACGCGCCCUGCCCAUCGAGAAGACCGUAGAAGUGGCAGCAUCUUUCAGUGCACCGCUGAACUUGGCAGUGGAGGCUGUGAAUGACAGCUCUGUGACCCUAACAUGGGAUGGUCCUGAAAAUGUGGGCCCUUCUGGUCUGGAUGGAUAUGUAGUGGAGUACUGCAAAGAUGGAACAACGAACUGGGUGAAAGCCAACCAGAAACCCUUUCUUUGUGUUCGUUACACAAUCCACGAUUUAAUAUCUGGAGAUAAACUUCAUUUUCGAGUGAAAGCUGUAAAAGGUAAUGCAGUUAGUCAGCCAGCAGUUCUGGACCAGCCGCUUCUUAUCAGGAAAAUUCUUGAGCAGCCCAAGAUCCGACUUCCACGCUACUUAAGAGAAUUGUACCUGAGGACUGUGGGGGAUACAAUAAACCUCUUGAUCCCAUUCUGGGGAAAGCCAAAGCCACAAGUGACCUGGACCAAAGAAAGCCAACCUUUGGACCCCAAACAAGUUGUUGUACGCAACACUGAGAAGGAUUCUGUAUUCUUCAUUCGUGCAGCACAACGCAAAGAUUCUGGAAAAUACCAAAUACAUGUUAAGAUCUUAGAUGAAUUUGAAGAUGUGGCUACCUUUGAUCUCCUGGUGAUUGAGAAACCAGGCCCUCCUGAGAAUCUGAAGGUGGUAGACACCUGGGGCUUUAAUGUCGCGUUAGAGUGGAACCCACCCCAAGAUAAAGGCAAUGCUGAUCUCAAGGGCUACACAGUCCAAAAAGCAGAUAUGAAGACUCAACAAUGGUUUACAGUUUUGGAACAUUACAACCAUACAAGCUGCACCGUAUCUGAUCUCAUCAUUGGCAACAGUUACUCUUUCCGAGUUUUCUCAGAAAAUCCUUGUGGUCUAAGUGAAAUGCCUGCUGUCACAAAGAAUGUAACACACAUAACAAAAUCAGGAAUUGUGUACAAACCAGAGAAGUUCCAUAGCCGGGAUUUCUGUGAACCUCCCAAAUUCACUCAGCCACUGAUAGACAGAACCACCACGCAGGGCUACAGCACCCAGCUCUUCUGCUGUGUCCGAGGCUUCCCAAAGCCCAAAGUGAUCUGGAUGAAAAACCAAAGGGAGAUUCAAGAAGACUCAAAGUAUCUAGUGCACAUGGACCAGGGGAUUUGCUGUCUAGAAAUCCGCAAACCUAGCCCUUUUGAUGGUGGUGUCUAUACAUGCAAAGCUGUGAACCCUUUUGGUGAAGCCUCUGUAGAUUGCAAAUUGAAUGUAAAAGUUCCGGAAUGAUGAUAUCUGGGAAAUCAGAUGAAGAACAAGGUAGGAUAAGCUGCCACUUAA